AUGAGCACAAACCCUAAAUCCCCAAUGUCUGUUCUGCAGUUUGAGAGAAAAGACAGCCCUAGCAUGGCUAGAAAUGGAAGUUGUUUUCUAGUCAGGCACACUCCUCAUCCCAGAAGGGUCUGCCACAUAAAAGGUUUGAAUAACAUCCCUAUAUGUACUGUGAAUGAUGAUGAGAAUUCAUUCAGAACAUUCUGUGGUUCUGGCUACUUAGAGAAGGAUGAGGCACCAUUUGCCAGAGGCAGUAACUCACCCAGCACCGCAGGCCUGGAAAUCCCUGUCAGAGAAGUCUCACCUGCUUUGCACACUGUGAAGAUGCCCCCACGGCCUCAUUCUGAGCCCUAUAAAAAAGUCAAGGAGUGCUUCAAAACUUCCAGUGAGAAUCCUUUAGUAAUUAAAAAGGAAGAAAUUAAGACAAGAAAUUCACCAUCAUCUCCAAAGGCAUGCUCGAGUGCUGGCUCCUGUUUCUCAGAAGCGAUAAGUACCAAAACUGACACCAAAACUGUUUGCAUACCAAACUACCUGGAUCAGGAAAUAAAAAUCCUGGCAAAGCUAUGUGAGAUUUUACAUACUGAUUCUCUGGCGGAGGUUCUACAGUGGUUGCUUCAUGCAAGUUCAAAAGAAAAAGAGUGGGUUUCAGCUUUGAUUCACGCUGAGCUGGCCGAGAUAAACUUGUUGACUCACCGUGGAAGAAACACCUCAACAGAAUCAGCAGCAGAGACCAGGAGACAACCCACAGUUAAAUCUCCCCCAAAUGCACCUGCAAAAUCAAAAGUGCUGACAAGAUCUAGGGAAGGGCAUCAACCAAUCAGAGUGUCAAGCCAAGGAUCUGAAGGAAAUAAGGAAAUACCUAAAGAAGCUGAGUACAAGUCUCCAUUGUUUAUAAGAAAUAACAUGAAAAUGCCCAUUGCAGAAUAUUUCAGCAAACCGAAGUCUCCUCCCAGGCCUAAAAUUCAGGACAGCAUAUUUGCAAAACCCGGGUCAGCAAGGAAUACACAACAAAGAAACAAUCUCUGUCUUCAAAGAGCGUGUUAUCCUUUAACAUACCAAAGAUAG